AUGUCAGACUCUUGCAAUUCCCGUCGCAUCGUCAUCAGCGGCGGAGCGCGGGGCAUCGGACGCGCCCUGGCCCGCCAUUUCCUGGAACAGGGCGACCGCGUCUUCCUGAUCGACGUCGACGAGCCCGAGCUCCACCACACCGUCCACUCCCACCUCGCAAAGUACUACCCGAAGACCCUCUCCUCCGCCCUCUGCAACCUCCGCGAUGUCGACGACAUCCGCGAGAAGAUCACCGGCGCCGCCGAAUACCUCGGCGGCAGCAUCGACAUCUUGAUCAACAACGGCGGCAUCGCAUCCCCCCAAUGGAAAGACAACAAGACGAUGCUCGACCCCUCGACCCUCACCGAAUGGCGCGCCUACGUCGAAACCAACCUCACCGGCCCCUUCGCCGUCUCCCAGGCCGCGCUCCCCUACAUGCGCUGCGACGCCGCCGCCGACCCGCGCGACCCGCGCCACAUCGCCAACGCCGGGCCGUGCAUCAUCCUCGUCGGGUCGUCGCGCGCGCACCAGAGCGACCGCAACCAGGAGGGGUACGCGGCGACCAAGGCCGGCCAGCUCGGGCUGAUGCACUCCAUGGCCGUGAGCUGCCAGCCGUGGGGCGUGCGGGUGAACAUGGUGGCGCCCGGCAGGAUCAAGGCGACGCACGAGAGCAGGGAGGGCGACGAGAGGGGGGCGAGGUGGGUGGAUGCGCUGGAGGUGAGGGAUGUGGAGCAGCACCCGGCGAAUCGCGCGGGGAUGCCCGAGGAUGUCGCGCAGGCGGUCGAGUAUUUGGUUGGCGCUGGGUUUGUGACAGCGCAGGAGAUGGUGGUCGAUGGGGGCGCGUUGAUGAAGAAAUGA